CCCAGGAGCCAUGUUGUCAGAAGUCCUGCUGGUGUCUGCUCCGGGGAAAGUCAUCCUUCAUGGAGAACAUGCUGUGGUCCAUGGCAAGGUAGCACUGGCUGUGGCCUUGAACUUGAGAACAUUCCUCCAGCUUGAACCCCACAGCAAUGGGAAAGUGGGCCUCAACUUACCGAACAUUGGUGUCAAGCGGGUCUGGGAUGUAGCCAGGCUUCAGGUGCUGGACACAAGCUUUCUGGGACAAGGUGACGUCACAGCGCCCACCCCAGAACAAGUGGAGAAGCUGAAGGAGGUGGCAUGUUUCCCUGAGGACUGUGCUGUCACCGAGCGCCUGGCUGUGCUGGCCUUCCUUUACUUAUACCUGUCCAUCUGCCGGAAGCAGAGGGCCCUGCCGAGCCUGGACAUCGUGGUGUGGUCAGAGCUGCCCACCGGGGCGGGCCUGGGCUCCAGUGCUGCGUACUCGGUGUGCCUGGCAGCCGCCCUCCUGACGGCCUGCGAGGAGAUCCCGAACCCGCUGAAGGACGGGGAUGACGUCAGCAGGUGGACCGAGCAGGAUCUGGAAUUGAUCAACAAGUGGGCCUUCCAGGGGGAGAGAGUGAUUCAUGGGAACCCCUCCGGAGUGGACAAUGCCGUCAGCACCUGGGGAGGAGCACUCCGGUACCAGCAGGGGAAGAUCUCACCCUUAAAGAGGCCACCAGCCCUCCAGAUCCUGCUGACCAACACCAAGGUCCCUCGCAGCACCAAGGCCCUUGUGGCUGGCGUCAGGACCAGGCUGAUCAAGUUCCCAGAGAUCGUGGCCCCUGUCCUGACCUCCAUAGAUGCCAUCUCCCUGGAGUGCGAGCGCGUGCUGGGAGAGAUGGCGGCCGCCCCGGCGCCGGAGCAGUACCUCGUGCUGGAAGAGCUCAUCGACAUGAAUCAGCACCACCUGAACGCCCUUGGCGUGGGCCACGCCUCCCUGGACCAGCUCUGCCGGGUGACCAUGGCGCGUGGACUGCACAGCAAGCUCACUGGUGCAGGCGGCGGCGGCUGCGGCAUCACACUUCUCAAGCCAGGUCUGGAGCGACCCGAGGUGGAGGCCACGAAGCAGGCGCUGACUGGCUGUGGGUUUGACUGCUGGGAAACCAGCGUGGGUGCCCCUGGAGUCUCCGUCCACUCAGCCGCCUCCCUGGACGGCCCCGUCCGGCAAGCCCUAGGUGGCCUCUGAGAUGAGCCCAGGACACUGCCGCCCCUCCAGGAAACCCUUUCUGGAUUAUUCUGGGGGCUGGAUUUGGCCUCCGUGCUGGCCAGCGGGUGCCCAGCUCCUCUGUGAUGCCUUUGCUACGGCACGCGGCCCCCAGUCCCCGCGGUGGGACUCGAGUCUGCCCCGGGCUGGGCUGCCAGGGAGACGCGGUCUGCGUUCUCUCGCGCCAGCCAGGCGACGGGGCCCGGUGGGGUCCUCUGAGACGUCAGACCUGAGACACGAGGAGCUUCCCCACCUUCCCUGCGGCUCCCACAGACCCUUCUACUCUGGGCCCUUGCACCCUCACCCGCAGACUCCCUGGCCGGCUUGGUCGCAUGCCUGGAUGCCGGGGUCUGUCCUGAAGCAGCGUACCUUCUCUCUCCUUCUGCCUCGACACUUCCCUGUCUCCCAGGGCCCGGGCUGCCCCCACCUCCUCCAGGAAGCCCUCCCUGACCCCUGGCAGGCUGAACCUUGCCGCACCUCCCUCCCAUGGCGCCCGCCGUCUGGUCUGAAUCAUUCGGCACUUUCCACACCUGCACUUCUGUCCGGCUAGACGGGCCCCCCAGGGGCUGUCCGGGUGGGGGUCUUUGCCCUCUGCCCUCCAGCCCGAGGGGCGGCUGAACGAAGGCAGAACCAAUGUGCAGUUCCUUCCAGUCUGCACCUGAGGGCUUUGCAGAAAAGACGGCACAGGGGGAAUAAAACGACCUUGAGUAAACAGUGCUCUACUCCGUGUCCAGAAAGACGGGGCCGGGUAGACUCCAGCCCAUCGUGUGCCUUCCCUGUCCCCGUCCCCUC